AUGGAUAAUCAUUUUUCAUUUGAAUUUAGUAGUUAUUUAAAAAAAUGUCAACCAAAACCAUUUAGAAUCUAUAUUCAAAUGGCGAUUGGGGUCAUCUUAAUGAUUUUAACUGAAGCCGGUUUUUUUAAAGGUUUUGAAAAAUUUGUUGCAAUUGGCUGUUCACUUCCAAAUCAAAAAGAUUCAAAUGAAAUGAAUAUUGAUAAUUGUUUUAAUAAUGAUUUAUUAGUAACAAAAUGUAUAAAUAAUUAUUAUAAUACAGGUUCAAAUUAUUCUUUAGCAUUUAAUGUUGGUGGAAAAUCUGAUAAAUAUAAUGGUUUGAUUGGUACAAUAUUGGUGAUUUUAUUUAUAACAUUUUUAAGUACAUUCCAAACUGCACAAUAUUUUCAAAGUGUAAAGAGAAAAAGAAUUCAAGAUGUUUUAUCAGGUUCUUUAAUUUUAAUUGAUGGAAAUAAAAGAAAUGAAAAAAAAGUUACAAUAUUUCUAUUAGUUACUGGUAUUGGUUAUAUUUGUUCUAAAAUUAUGUGGUUAUUAAAUAGAUACGAUAUUUAUAGUGAAAUUGAAUGUUCAGGAGAUACAUAUUACUUGGAAUUUGAAAAAAGUUUAUUUUCUUAUAUUUCAGGUAUAGUAAUGGGUUCAAUUGGUUAUUUAAUUAUUCCUGGUGUUUUUUUAAUGGGUUGGUUAAAUUAUUUAUCAGAAUUAGAAUUUAAAAAAUUGGCUGAAAAUCUUUCAAAAAUUAGUUUAGAAAAAAUUAAUGAAAUUUAUAUAUUUGAUAUGGAUAAAUAUAAUAAAUUAUUAAAUUCAACUUUAAAAAAAAGAUAUUCAAAUGAUAAAAAUUUUAUUUUAUUUUUAAAAUGUAAUACAUUCAAAUUUUGGAAAACUUCAACAUCUGAAAUUGUUGAAAUUUUAUUAUUACAUAAAGAAUCUUCACCUGAUGAAUUUAAAUCAAUACAAACAAAAAAUAUUAAAUCUACUUUUUUAAAUGAAAAUAGAAUUAAUGAUAAUUUAAUUCAAAAUCAAUAUUUAUAA